GAUUCAAAGCGCGAGGCGGGAGGCCCUGAGGGAGAAGAAACGGCAGUUGUUGCACUGGAGCGGGAGAGGUUGCUGAAAACUUGCUUUGAUGGCAAUAGCAGCAAAAUGUUGUUGUGCUUAAGGUUUCCUCCAGCAUGGAUCUGACAGGAAGUUUCUUCGGUAAACUUCGAGCCUUAGUGGUCACUUUGGAGAGACAAGCUGAGCAGUUGAAGCAAGUUUUUCAUGGAGAUGAGACAGAAUUUGAAGAUGACUCCCCAAUGAGAUAUUUACAUGAACUGUACUCUGAAGUCAGGACACUGAAGGGUGAAGUUGCUAAUGUUCUUGUUAAGAAUUCUGAAGAAAGAGAUGCCAUACAUGACUUCAUAAAGGCCAGCAAAAUUCUGAUGAACAGAAAUGCAACAGAUCUUGAAAAAAUAAGAGAACUUUUUGAAAAAUAUGGAUAUAAACCAGUUAUUACGGAAGAAGCAACAAAAGAUGAAGCUGAAAUUGAUUCUGGAUUUGCCAAGUCUGAUCAAGAGGAACUGAAAAAUCUUGCUUGCCCUGAAAACUCUUCUGAACUUGAUCCUCUGGUGCGAAUUCCACAACUUUCAGAUUUUGGACUUUCAAAAUAUGCUCUCCCCAGUACUUGGAACACAGCACACCUAUUACCCCAAGCCCAUGUAAAGAAAGAAGAGCCAAGAGAAGAUUUUUCUGUGUGCUUAUCACCCAAGGCAGAGCAGUUCUGUAUUAAUGGGCGUGAUCUUUGUCUGGAAGAUGACACGGCAUAUUUAACAGAAGACCAAACGAUUUUCCUUCUUAACAAUGCAAAAAAAAGAAAGCAAGCUAAUAACAUGAAUGGACCAUCAAUGGUGUUGCCAUCAAAACAGAACCUAGUUACACCUGGGCAAAAAAGUAAAGUGUGUGAUUAUGAUUAUAUGGCUUCACCAGCAGCACCCACUUUCUGCACACCUGGCUUGAAAGUUCCCUCCAGAAAGGACACCAUUCUACCCAAAUCAGCAGAGAGUAACCAGUCAGAUGCAUCUAAUCGUACAGAUGAAGAUACUCAUCGAGACCAUCAGUCUCCGAAAAAAGAACCCAAACAAGUGUGUGCGGUCCAGAUGACACCAAAUAAAAGUUACGUAGAAGAAGCUGUUGCUUCUGUCCUGCCAUCAAACAAGUAUCUGGAAUGUCUUGAAACACCUGCUCCUCCUGUAAUAUCAGACUACAGAAACAUACUUGCCACUCCUCCACCAGCUCCUGAAAUAACUGUAAUUCCAACACAAAUUUUGCAGAUUUUAUCCAAGUACAACUCAAAUGUAGAACCACCUAGAUUAGCAGAGAAGGUGAAUAAUGAAGGAAUUGCUGCACAGUUUGAAAGAAUGCCUACUCUUGGUAUCAGUAACAAAGAAAACAGUGAAUAUUGUGGAUGAAUCUAACAUGAAGCCUAAAUCUUUGUAUGGACUAAUCAUGUUCAAGAAUAUUUUUUUUGUUCUGCUUCCUGAGAUGUCUAAAAUGAAAAAGUGGCAAAGACAAGAAUAUUUCUGUACAAAUGAUUUGGCACCAGGUUGAACAUUUCUGCACUUUUAUGUCAUUUAUAGUUAACUUAAUCAACACAUUUGAAAGAAACAGACUUACUAUUCAGUGUCUUAUUCUGCCUGAUCAUGUCUUAGGCAACCAAUAUUCUAUCUCUUAUUAAAAGUUACAUUGGCUCCCUGCAGUGUCUCUGGGCAGCAUCUGCUGCAUAACAAUGACCCACUGAGAGAGAAAUCCUAUAAUGGCAUGGGACAUGCAAGAAACAGGAAUUUUUUUGCAUUUCUCAGGGAAGUAGCUGUUGGAAGCAUAUUGUUACUAGCUAUCAACUUUGUCUUAUAUCUAGUUAGAGAAUAGCAUCUUAUAAGUAGGAGGAAUGCUUUUAAAAGAUUUAGUACUCUCCAAAGUGGGCAAGAACUAUUGUCAGUUGAUAUAGCAAUGUUAUUGAACUAGAGUACAUAAACAGUAUGCCCUCUGGCCCUCAAAUGAGCAUUCAGAGAACUGAAGAGUAUAAGGUGCAUAUAUAUUCCUUUUGCAUUUGGGAACCCUAGCCACAAAUAUAAUCUACAAAACCUAACUCCGUUCAUUGGCAACUAAUUAUUUGGAAUGCCACAUGGAAAGGAGCAAUGAAGAUCGCAAAGUAGUGGGCCAGACUCAACUCUUUAGAUUGGCAAUAGCACUAAACGUCAGUAGUCUCUUCACUCUCACCCACAGUUAGCAACUACUAGCCCAGAUGCUAGUAUUCAGUGUGCUGGGUUUGGGCCUGGGGCACCCAGCUUCUGCCUACUCAAACAUGUAUAAGCCUUUAAAAUUAGUGUAUAUUUGAAUGUUUGUGACCCUUGCAGAUUGGGUCCUGGUCUAGAAACACUGCCCUCUAGAGAGGUGAUUUCUACACAGAGGCCAGGUGAGCAGUUGCCUGUGUGAAUUUCCAGAGAAGAAAAGAAAUUGAAGUGCUUUCCCAUGAGGAAGCAGAGAAUUUCUGUGGAAGAGAAGUAGAAGUAAGAAGGGCAGUAGGCUGAAGAGUGGCCAUCUUCUGGUGUCGGCCUUUGAUGACAGAGUUUAUGAGACUUCUGUUCUGCUGAGAGAAAGAAGUGGUUUUCCAGCUGGUGAAGAACGCAGACGUCACCAAGCCCAGGCCUCCUUGAGUGCAUGAGUUAAAAGCCCAGAGCAGUCUCACAUUAAUAUUACUCACCUUGGGUCCCAGAAUACCUGGAAGAAAGGUGGGUAUAGAAGAAUUUUAAAUAAACACAAUUUUAAAAGGUGUGAAAGAGACUGAAUAAGGGCUUACAAACUAAUGCUGAUAAGCCAAUAUUCAAUUCCUUUUGAUCUUUAAGAACCUUUAUGAUGGAGGGCACACAAAGUAUCAAAAUAUUUUUCUUUCAGUGGUCAUAUAAAAAUUAGAAUACUUUGAAGGACUUUUCAGAAGACCGUGCAACGAAGGGUCUUUAAUGCAGGCUUCAUCUUGUUAAGUAUGGGAGCUUUUAACUAAUUUUCUCCUUUUUAUAGGGAGACAUUGAGCUUUAUGCCAAACACUUGUGAAUACAUGUCAUGUACAAUGGAUAGUCUCUGCAGCCAAAUUUCUCUAAGGAGAUUAGUCUCCCACCUUCAAACUGACCUUGGUGCUUUGUUAAAGAUUUCACUGUACAGAUAUUUGCUGAGCUCUUGAAAAGGAGUCACUUGUAUAACAGCCUUUUCUGGGUAGAUGUUUCAGCUUUUCUAUGGGUAAAGGAGUUCCAGUUUGAAAUAAAAGGUUUGAAUGCUUGUUCUUCUGAA